CGUGUUUCCCGUCUUUUGGUGCGGCUCAUGCGGUCCCGGACGUGCAAACCUCGCCGCGCGUCUUUCCUCCGUCACUCGGUGGAAGAAGUGACGGGACGGGCGUCCCGGCGGCCGCGCGCCGCUUCACGCGAGGAGGACGGGCUGCACCUUCAGCCUGACGCUUUAUCGUCUGAAGGUUUGACGAGACGCUGUGUGUAGACCGUUUCUCCCGGUGUUCGCGGUGUGCAUGAAGCUGAAACGUGAUAAACCUCGCCACAUGGAUCGAAGCACGCGGGAACGAGCUGUUUGAGACAGAUAGAGGUGCUGACAUGAGCAAGGUGAGGGGUAGGAGAGAGAGGUGUGGCGGCCCGCCUUCUGUCGCCGUGGUGUACGGUUCCGGCACCCCCUGUGACCCGGCCCAGCCCGGUCGGGCCACACACUCAGGCAUACUGGAUGACCUCAGCCUGAUGAGUGUCAGUGAACAGCAGACCCUGUUAACACGGGGGUCCUCACAAGCAGGGGCUGAUGUCCACGGGGGUUCGUCAGGCUGCGUGCCGUCUCCCGGCACCCCCCUCUCGGGCCCUGUGAGCAGGGCCCCACACCGCUCCUCUCCCCGGGGGGCUCUCCACACCAUCGGACGGCUCGUGAAGCUGGGCCGCUUACGGAACGUGGUGGUGCUGGCCGGGGCCGGGAUCAGCACGGCCAGCGGCAUCCCGGACUUCAGGACCCCAGGGACAGGCUUGUAUGCCAACCUGGCGAAAUACAACCUUCCCUACCCAGAAGCCGUCUUCGACGUUGACUUCUUCUCCGAUGACCCUCGACCCUUCUACUCAUUGGCUAAGGAGCUGUAUCCGGGCCGCCAUCGGCCCAAUUACGUACAUUACUUCAUCCGCGUGCUGCACCAGAAGGGUCUCCUGCUCCGCAUGUACUCCCAGAACAUCGACGGCCUCGAAAAAAUGUGUGGGAUUCCAGAGGAUAAACUGGUGGAAGCCCACGGGACAUUUGCGAGCGCGUCCUGUCACCUGUGUUACACGGCCUUUCCUGCGGAAGAAGCCAAGCAAGCCAUCAUGAGUGACGGUGUCCCGACCUGUUCAUUUUGUUCCGCCACCGUCAAGCCGAACGUCGUGUUUUUCGGAGAAGAUCUGCCUGAGAAAUACUUCCAGCACGCCAGAGACUUUCCUCGAGCAGACCUACUCAUGAUCAUGGGCACGUCCCUGCAGAUUGAGCCCUUUGCCAGCCUGGUGAACACGGUGAGGUCCACGGUGCCACGGCUCCUGCUGAACCGGCACGCGGUGGGUCCCUUUGAGCGCAAGCCCCUCCGGAGACGAGACUACAUGGAGCUGGGAGACCUGGUGGACUCGGUCAGCCGCCUCGCACGGAUCCUGGGCUGGCAUGCCGAGAUCCAGGACCUGCUGAACAGCCAGGAGGGAGGGACCCUUCCCGCAAUGAUGAGCGAUCCACAGUCGGGCGAAGGAGAGCAGAUGGACCAGCAGCAAAGCAGCAGUCUGGGAGCUGAGGCUCAGGCUAGGAGGCCGGCCCAGUCCAGUUCUGGAGGCCCAGUUCCGUCUUGCAGCAGCGAGGAGAGCGACUCCUCAGAGCCCGAUGGCAGGAACCCAGUGACGUCCGUGCCAAGUAUCUACGGCCGCCUGGUCUGACACUUCAUUGUGAUCCUGUACUUGCUUGGGUUCAGAUUUUGUUUUUAUUUCUUAAAGGUCAAACAAUCAGCACUUCUUUACCUCUGGGACCAUUUUAAUAAAUCUUUAAAAUACUAAUUAAUUUAUUUUAGUUCGAGAAAACUUGUUUCUGCAUAUGGUUAACAGUGCAUUUGUUUGGUAAUGAGAUCAGAGUAGAGACCUUUUGGGGCACCUCACUGAAAACGGUGAGAAGAAAGCCAUACAGUGGCAACAUGUAAAUGGGACGUCCUGUUUGGGUGGUAAUGUGUGGAUGGGACAUUGUUUGUGUGUUCUCGUGGGAGAGGGGGGGGGUGUUUGGAGCGCAAUAGCUCAAGAGAGGGAAGGUGUGAUGACCUGAAGGUGUGGGGCCCUGCUCUGUGUGUGUAGGGGGAGCCUUACAACUGGAGCCUUCCUCCAAACCUCUUAGUAAAUGCCUCUGCUUUGCAAUAAAGGAUCCCUGAGCUGGGGGGGUCCAUGUGCACCUGUGUAUGUGCAAGGCGUGUAUGAGAAUAGACAUUUUUGCCUUCCAGUGUUUGAGAGAAUGGUCAUGUGAUCUCUCCCUCCCAUGUGCUGGGUAUACUGGGUGUUUUAGACUUCUUACUGAAGUCCUCUGGUUUGACACUUUGAGUUGAUCUGUUUUGCCCUGAAGUGUUCCAUGCUGAGAGACUAAUCUUCAAGUGGUGCAUGUAAAUUACCACUUUGGACAGCUUAAACACACUUUUCCCCUCCUUGUUGGGAAUACAGAGAUUGCUGUUUUUAUAGGUGAUGUACCUGUUUUAUCAAUACUGUUGACAUUAAAAAUAUUUAAUGAAAGGCUGCUAGUGACUCCACUUGUGAAUGUUUCAGUCUAGUUGUUACAUUUUUUUUCAACCAACAUUAAACAUACUUGAAGAAACUACUCCAGACCGGUUUGUGCCACAAAAACGCAUUUAUAAGAGCUGGACGUACCUAAUGUCAAAAUUUGGGAUAUUAUGUAAAUGUGCUUCAGUAAUACAAUUAACUUUGGAAACAGCAUUAAAGAAUCCAUGUGUUCUUAAUCAGACUUUACAAAAGCAGACAUGGUUUGAACCCCAUAAGAUGCCAAGUAGUAAGAUUUCCCCUUUGGUUUCCAGGUGGCAACUGGGCUACCAGUGCAGGGUGGCGGCUUGUCAAGUAAGGAAACGAAUCUUGACUUCAGUGAUUGUCUCACACACCCCACCCCUAAUUUGAGUGCAAAUCAAUAAUAUGGAAACAUUCAUUAAUUCAAGGUAUUUAUCUGCAAUUACAUGCAAUUAAAGAGUGAACUGGUUAGAAUUAAGCCACAUCUCAUUCUCUCCUUACACAUGGGCCAGUUCACCCUGCAUGUGCUGCUGUUUUCUACAUCAUUAAAUAACAGUUUCUGUGCCAAACAUACAUUUGUGGUAUAUGUUGUGUAAUAGGUGUCUUGCAUUUAUCUGUGUAGAAAAUGGUUAAGCCAGCGUUACAGAUAUAAACAUAAGCAAAUAUGGCAUGUUUGUUGAAAACGACAAGUGAGGAUCAUUCUGGUUAAAAGCUCUAACCAGACGGCACUCCCAAGAGCUGUAACUGAAGAACCAGUGGAGUGUCUAAAAAAAUAGUCACUCAGCCCAUUUACCAGUUCAUACUUCUUUUUUGGUGCUGGAGUGAACAGAAAUUAGCAAGUUGAACUUUACAGCCAACCCUCUUCAGAAAACAUAAGGUUAGUACAUUAUAUUGACUAACAUCCAUUUAUAAGGUAGAGUGGACCGCAACAUAUUAAAUCCUACUUUAAGGCCACUAUGAUGAUGUUACAAUACUGCGUGCAAUAUUGAGCGAACCAACUUUUGCAUCCCCAGUGCUGCUUGUGACUUUUAUAGACUACCAAGCUGUCCCCUGCACACAUCGGAAACCACU